UAACAAUUCCCCUUUUAAUUAAAAGAACAAAUUCCACAAUCACAUUAUACUAAAACAAUUUCAAAAUGAAGAUUUAUUUAAAUAUAUUUGGAAUACUAUUUUUUACAUCAAUAAAUUGCGAUGUCCCAAUUCUAAAUACUCGUUUAGGAAAAAUUCAGGGAAUUUACGAAUCUUCUUAUGAAAAUCGAAUUUAUUCUGCGUUUUAUGGAGUUCCUUACGCAAAACCUCCUAUAAAUAAUCUUAGAUUUGAAAAACCUGAGCCUAUUUCACCUUGGAAUGAUGUAAUUUAUAACGCAACUAAUAAAAACAUAGUUUGCGCACAAAUUAAUCAUGUUAUAAAACCAUUUGGUGGUGAAUAUCGCGGGGUUGAAGAUUGCUUGUACCUAAAUAUCUUUACACCAAAAUUAAAACCUUCCCCUAACGAUAGUUUAGAUGUUAUUGUUUUUAUACAUGGUGGUGCAUUUAUGUACGGUUCGAAUAAAAAAGGGGCGCGAUUUUUAAUGGAUCGUGACAUAAUUUUUGUAACGGUUAAUUACCGUUUGGGAACUUUAGGAUUUUUAAGCACCCAAGAUGAAGUUUUACCAGGAAAUUUAGGAUUGCGAGAUCAAGCGAUGGCUUUAAAUUGGAUUAAAGAAAACAUAUUAGAUUUUGGUGGAAACCCCAAUUCAGUAACAUUAACGGGUUUAUCAGCGGGAGGUUCCAGUGUUCAUUUUCACUAUUUUUCACCUUUAACAAGAGGUCUUUUCCAUCGGGGGAUAUCAAUAAGUGGAACGGUUUUAGGGCCGUCAAAAAUACAAGAGAACCCUUUGGAAAAAACUGGAAUGGUGGCUAAAUCUUUAAAUUGUUUUAAUGAAAAUACAAGGAUUAUGAUUGAUUGUAUGAAAACUAAAUCGGUGGAGGAGGUUGUUAGUGCUAUCAAGGUGUUAAGACCGUGGGGGUUUUAUCCUUAUUCACCAAUUGGGGUUACGAUUGAAGAACCUAUGAAGGACUCUUAUUUACCUGAUCAUCCAAUUUCGUUACUUUCAAAAAAAGCAUUUCAUGAUCUCCCUUGGAUUAAUACUUAUACUUCUGAAGAAGGCCUUUAUCCAGGAUUGGAAUUUAUAGGUGAACCAAAACAUUUGGAAGAAUUAGAAGAGAAAUGGAACGAAUUAGCACCUUUAGUAUUUGAUUAUAAUUACACUGUAUCUAAAGACGAUAUGGAAAAAGUUUCUAAAGAUAUUAAAAAAGUAUAUUUUAAGGAUAAAGCAGUUUCGAAGGAUAGUUUUAGGGAUUUAGUAGCGAUUUUAAGUGAUCGCAUGUUUGUUCAUUGUGCUGAAAAGGCUUCGAAGCUUCAAGCAUUCUAUUCAAAAUCGUUUGUAUAUAAUUAUUAUUUUAGUUAUUCUGGAAAUGGAGUUGCAUCAGCGGGUAGUAAAUGGAUUGGAAAACAUACAGAAUAUGGAGUAGGUCAUGGAGAUGAUUUAAGCUAUAUAUUUCCAAACAAUAAAAAUUUAUAUGAAGAACUGAGCGAAUUAGACGAAUCAAUGAAAGAUCUUCUCUUAAACAUAUGGACUUCUUUUGCUAAAACAGGAUAUCCUAAAAUACCUCAUUUACAAUGGAUUCCAGUAAAUAAACGUUACAACAAACCUUUAAACCACCUUCACAUAAGAUCUGCGAAUGAUUUAAAAAUGGAAAAUGCCGAAGACAUCGAUAGGCAUCGAGAUUUUUGGGACAAUUUACCCAUAAUGGAAGAUUUAAAAUUAUACCCUGUUAUUAAACAAACCAUACGUGAAGAUUUAUAAUAUGAUACGAUUUCUUAUUUAAUAAAAUUAGAUUUAAAUUUAAUCUAAAGUUGUUUACAUCAAAUGUCAAAAGUUUUAAAGUGAGUUGCCACACAAAUAAAUCAAAACUAUCCACGUAA